GGGGCUUGGAGUUUCUGAGUGCCCGGGAUAGUGGGCUUGCAGACCGCGAAACGGACGCUGGAGCCCCGGGGAACCCGGCACCUACCGCUGAGUACACCCAGUCCAGGGUGCGGCGACUCACGGGCUUCAUGGGCUCGCCGCCGCCGCCGCCGGGUUCGCCGCCGCGUCGCGAGGAGCGUGAAGCGCCCCCUGUGGCUCCGGCCGACGAGGGGAGGCGGAGAAGUCGCCGGGUUCGCCUGCGCGGCUCCUGCCGUCACCGACCCAGCCUCCUGGGCCGCCGGGAGCUCCCCACGAGCGCCGCCGCCGGGCCUGCGCCCGCGUCCUCCGAGAUAAUGGCAUCAGCUGCUAAGGACUUUAAAAUGGACAACUUUUCACCCAAAGCUGGCACUAGCAAAUUGCAACAGACAGUACCAGCUGAUGCAUCUCCUGAUUCUAAGUGCCCUAUAUGCUUGGAUAGAUUUGAUAAUGUGUCUUACUUAGAUCGCUGCUUACAUAAGUUCUGCUUUCGCUGUGUGCAGGAGUGGUCAAAAAACAAAGCUGAAUGUCCACUGUGUAAGCAGCCCUUUGAUUCUAUUUUCCAUUCUGUGAGGGCAGAAGAUGACUUCAAGGAGUAUGUCCUACGGCCUUCAUAUAAUGGUUCUUUCACCACUCCUGAUGUUCGACGAUUUCGCUACCGCACAACCAUGACAAGAGAACGAAAUGCUUCUGUUUACUCACCUGGUAGCACGAUGAAUAGAAGAACAACUACUCCACCAGACAGUGGAGUGCUAUUUGAAGGGUUAGGCAUUUCAGCAAGAUCUAGAGAUGUUGAAAUUCCUCAUUUUAUGAGACAAAUUGCAACAAGGAGGCCAGCUACUUCAGAUGAAAGAUCUUUGCGGAAAAUUCAGGAACAAGAUAUCAUUAAUUUUAGACGAACUCUCUACCGAGCUGGUGCACGGGUUAGAAAUAUUGAGGAUGGUGGCCGCUACAGGGAUAUUUCUGCUGAGUUUUUUCGUAGAAAUCCAGCUUGCCUUCACAGAUUAGUCCCUUGGCUAAAACGCGAACUUACAGUUCUCUUUGGAGCUCAUGGCUCUUUAGUCAACAUUGUCCAGCACAUCAUCAUGAGUAAUGUUACUCGUUAUGACUUGGAAAGUCAGGCAUUUGUGUCUGACUUAAGGCCAUUUUUGCUUAAUCGGACUGAGCAUUUUAUACAUGAAUUCAUCAGUUUUGCUCGAUCUCCUUUUAACAUGGCAGCUUUUGACCAACAUGCUAAUUAUGAUUGUCCUGCUCCUUCAUACGAAGAGGGCAGCCAUUCUGAUUCUUCAGUCAUAACAAUAUCUCCAGAUGAGGCUGAGACCCAAGAGCUAGAUAUUAAUGCAGCCACUGUUAGGCAGGCACCAUGGGAUGAUGAAACUCCAGGACCAUCUUACUCAAGCUCGGAGCAGGUGCCUGUCACCAUGUCUACCCUUAUAAAUACUUCUGACAGUUCAGAUGAAGAACUUGGCACAGAAGGGACCACAUCUCAGGUACAAGAAGUACAAGCCAAUGAGGAUGUAAAUAAUGACAGUGAUUCAUCCUCUGAUAAUUGUGUCAUUGUUGGAUUUGUUAAACCACUAGCUGAAAGGACCCCAGAACUUGUUGAACUCUCCUCUGAUUCUGAGGAGUUAGGCCCUUUUGAGAAAAUGGAGUCAGUGAAGACCCAAGAACAAGAGCAGUCUUACAGUUCUGAUAGUGAUGUUAGCAGAAGUUCAUCUCCACGUUCUGUCCUUGGAAAGGAUGAACAAAUGAGUAAAAGUCAUUGUGACUCUACAGUAACCAAAUCAAAGAAAGAAGAGAAACAAGCUAUAUCAGUGUCGUCUCCCAGAGACCUGAGCUCAUCUGUGAGAGGAGAUAGAGUGUAUUCCCCACAUAGCCACAAACACAGACAGAGGGGAAGAUCCAGAAGUUCCGACUCACGGUCCCAGAGUAGAAGUGGGCAUGAUCAGAGGAAUCAUAGGAAGCAUCAUGGAAAGAAGAAAACAAAGAACAAACGGUCCAGAAGCAGGGAGAGUAGUAGCAGACCCAGAGGGAGGAGAGACAAGAAGAGGUCAAGAACUAGAGAUAGCAGCUGGUCAAGGAAAAGCCAAACUCUUUCUCUAAGUAGUGAAAGCACAAGCAGGUCAAGGUCUCGUAGCAGUGAUCAUGGCAAGAGGAGAUCACGGAGCAGAAACCGAGAUCGUUACUAUUUAAGAAAUAAUUACGGAAGCAAAUAUAAGUGGGAAUAUACUUACUAUAGUAGAAAUAAGGACAGGGAUGGCUAUGAGUCGUCAUACAGGAGGCGGACUCUAUCUAGAGCUCAUUAUUCUAGACAAUCGUCAAGUCCAGAGUUUAGAAUUCAGUCCUUUUCUGAAAGAACAAAUGCUAGGAAAAAAAAUCACAGUGAAAGAAAGUAUUACUACUAUGAAAGACAUAGAUCAAGAAGCCUGUCCAGCAGCAGGUCAAGGACCGCAUCUACUGGCCCUGACCGGGUGAGAAAUGAAAAGCCUGGAGGGAAACGAAAAUACAAAACCCGGCAUUUGGAGGGUACUAAUGAAGUGGACCAACCAUCUCGUGAAUUUGCGUCAAAAGCAAAAGACAGUCAUUACCAAAAAUCCUCAAAAUUGGAUGGAAACUACAAAAAUGAGAGUGACAGCUUUUCAGAGAGCCGGUCACCAGACAGAGAACAAAAACACAGGAGGAAAAGAAGGACCCGAAGUCUAAGUGUAGAAAUCGUUUAUGAAGGAAAAGCUACCGAUACAACCAAACAUCAUAAAAAGAAAAAGAAGAAACAUAAGAAAAAGCAUAAAAAACACCAUGGAGAUAAGUCUUCUCGUUCUCCCAUUGUCAUAACCAUUGACAGUGAUAGUGAUAAAGACUCUGAAGUAAAAGUAGAUAUGGAAUGUAAUAGUGGUGGUCCUCAAGACCCUAUGCAGAAGGAGCUUUUGACUACUUCCUUGGACCUAUUUGAAAAUAAAGAUGUUGUCACAAUAGAAGAUGAAUUUGGUGCUCUGGACAGAGUGUGUGAUAUUACUACACUCAAUAACAGCUUGAAUAAUGUCAAUCGAACUGUGGAUAACAGUCUAUCCCAGACAGUCUCAAUUGAACAGACACUUUAUGUAAGAGAAGAAAGCACCUUUCCCUCUGAUUUGGAGAGCCAGUCCAGUAAUGUAUCUAUUCAAACUGAGCCAUCAAGACAAUUGCCAUCUCCGCGGACAUUAUUGUCAGUGUCUCUUGGUAGAGACUGAUGUGUCUUAAAACUGCCAAAGCAUCUCAUUGAGCAUUCAGAUGGUAUAGAAAGGAGAGAACAAGCAAGAACAAUCUCCUCUUCUGCAGUCAAUGUGAUGACUUUUCCCUUGUCAAAUAUUACGGGGCUUUUGUGUGCGUGUGUUAACUUGUAAAGUUCAUUAUUUGUUCAAAUGUAUGUUUCUCCCCCAGAAAUAUGCACUUUUAAGUGAAGAAAAAUGUUGCUAGCAGUUUAUUUAAAACUUGCAAUCCUUUUUAAAUAAAAAAUUAGAAAUUUUAGAAGUUAUUUCAUAAAGCCAUAUGGUAUUAACAUUUUUAAGGUGAUGUACUCGAUAUUUUUGAAAUUUUUUUUGAAAGUUACUCUGAAAAUGGUUAUAAGCUAGGAUAAUCCCUUUGGACAGUUAUUUUUCUUAAAAGAUUUAUAUGAUUCAAAACCAUUUCUUUGGGCCAAAUUGAGGCCAAUCUGCACAGGUUAUUUUGACUUCUGCCAAAAGAAAGUUUUAAUAUUUCCUUUAUAUACUUGUUAUCUGGAUUGCCAGUAAAAUGUGUAUUCUACAAAAGAAAAAAAUAAAAUAACACUUGAAGACUUGAGGAA